CCCGGAAGUGGUAAUCAGAUGAGCAUUUGGCCCCGCCCAUUGUUUACUAUCCGUGGAUUAUAAUUGAACUUUUUUUUUUUUUAAAAACCAAACAUUUAUUUUCGUAGUAAAUGCUUUGGAAGCUUGACGAGCACAUUUAACAAUUAUUUAUUUCGGGAUAAAUGACGGAUUCAGCACUUUAAAGCAGUUUUAAUGGCGUCUUCAGCGACGCUUGGUGAGUUCAUGCACACUCUCAGUGAAAUGGGUUUCACUGAGGAUCAGAUUCAGGCUGCAGUUCAGGCUGGGUGUUUCUCUGUACCAGAGGCAGCUGAAUGGAUUGUUCGGGCCGGCGGUCCAAGACACACACUGGUGCCACGUUCUGGACCAAUUACAAAUGCUUUUGCUGCUUUUAACCCUCCUAAAGAUGCCCGAGGAGCGCAGAUGGAGGGAAAAGGUGCUGAUUUGGUGCUGCACCAUCCUGCAGCAGCAACUGAACCUGUAAAGUCUCGAAUAAAGCAGGACAAUGACUUUCUCACUCAGGAGAGACGGAGAGCAGCAGAGCAUGCCCGGGCUGAGAGGAGACAAAACACACAGGAACGAGAGUUAAUCUUGAAGAGAAUAGCAGAGGAUCGCCGUGCUCAGCAGGAGAGAAAUACCGUCACUCCUACUGUCAGUGAACAAGACAAACCCAGUGAACGAGUGCAGAGUGGCACGGACAACAAUUGCAUUCUAAUGAUCCGUCUCCCCUCCGGUGAGUCUUUGCGUGUGUGUUUUCCGGCAGAUGCUCCUCUCCGGGACGUCAUUGACCACGUCACCUCCCUCCAUCCAUCUCUUCCCUCGUUCACACUUUUUCAUGGUUUUCCUCGUCGGCGCUUCAGUGACGAUGAUUUGUUACUGUCAUUGCGCUCUCUUGGUCUAACGCCGAAUGCUGCACUCGUCCUUCAGGCCAUCACUCCUCCUGAUCCCUCCAUCCCUGCCUCUGUCCAAGAUCCUGAGCCACCUCACAGUGACAUUCCUGCCCAGCAGGGGGCAGAUGAGUUACCCCAACCUGUAGCUCCACCCCAGAUUCAACCGCUACGCUGGGAAGACAUGAUGCAUGUUGGCAUUGCUGAACCUCAUCACCACUGGGGCCGUGGACAGAGACUGGUGCCAGGAGAAGAAGGUGGUGAUGAUGCUGCUUCUAAUGAUGAAGAACAAGCACUGGCAGACAGGAAUGCUGUACCUCAUCUUCCUUUCUUUAACGAGCUCAGAGAUCAGGAUCAACAUUACUGGCCGAAUCAUGGAAACAGACUCGGGGAUCCAGAUGCCCCCGUAGAUCCAGCAGAGGGCAGAGUGUUACCCGGUGAGGCAGCAUUGCAGCGUUUACAGAGAAAUAAUCAACAGCAACAUCACACGGAGUCUCUGACUCCCCCCAAGAAACCCUGCAGUGUGCCCAAACUCAUCACCAUGGCAACACGUGCCGCCAUCUCCCUCACCAGUGCUCCUUAUAUGCAGUUCGUUAGCAGUUUUUCAUGUUUGACCCCAGAGCUAGCUGAACGUUUGUUGGGUCACAUGACCUCAGAUCGCCUGCUGAACCCUCGAACUCUUCAGCUGUUCAUUGGUUGCUCACUUGGGACGUUAACAUUAAACAGCUACCCAUACACCACCAACACACUGCUGCAGCAACUCGGCACAUUUACACACCUCACACACCUCAGCUUGGUCAACUCGCCAUUAAUCACUGAUUGUGGGCUGUCUGUGUUGUGUAAUUUGGUGAAGCUGCAGUACUUGAAUCUCUCGUCUUGCUCUAAACUUACCGACAGCUGUUUACAUCACAUGACACCUCUCAGGUCCUUGUGUGUGUUGAUUCUGGAUCACACUAAAGUGAGUGAUGCUGGUCUGCUGGUCUUCCUUCAAUCAUGUCCUCCUGCACUUGUUCACCUGAGUUUAAACCAAACUGCUGUUACAGAGGAAACACUAACUGCACUGCGUGUGUGUGUGCCACAGCUGCGUCUGCUCAGCAUCACACACACCAGGGUGUGUGACGUGUCUGCUCUGGCCGAUCUGCACGAUCUACAGACUCUUCACCUCGACUUCACUCAGGUUAAAGAAGGCUCACUGCAGUGUCUUUCAGCGAACCAGAAUCUAUCAUCACUCAGUCUUCACGGUGUUCCUGUCAGUAGUGGUGAUCACACACUCGAGAUCCUCUCAGGGCUGAACCUGACUCAGCUAACACUUCCUGGCCGUCACUCAGUGACCGACGCUGGGCUUUUCUUUCUCUGCACACACACUCUGCUCUCUGAGCUUGACCUGAGCGAUUACACACACAUUACUGACCAGGGCAUCACACACUUGGGGCAAAUGACUCGGCUGAAGAAGCUUUCAUUGAGUAACACUCCGCUCACUGAUGUGGGCUUAUCAGCUCUGUCCACUCUCACUCUGCUGAUAGACGUGUGUCUCAACCGAACAGCUGUGACGAGUCGUGGAGUCGCUGCAUUCAUCACACACCUGCCUUAUCUGCAGGUUCUAGGUUUGUCUUGCACGCAGGUGGGAGAUUCAGUCCUGAAAGCAUUAAUUCAUUGCACUGAACUGAUCAAACUGAACCUGAGCAAAGCACGCAUCACUGAUCGGGGAUUAAAGUUUCUUCAUGGUAUGAAACUGAAUCAGGUAAAUCUGGACGGUACCGGUGUGACUGCAGGGGGCGUGGUCAACCUGCUCUCCGCCUCUCCUCACCUGAUCAGUAUCCGUGCCAAUAAUACACAACCGCUCUCUGCUGAGGAACAAAGUGAUGAUGAUGAUGGUGGUGGGACUGAUGAAGCUUGACCAUUACACUGAGACAGCUCUGAUCAAGCCAUUUAUGCACACACACACACACACACACACACACACACACACACUGUCUUGAUUUAACACAUCAUAAUCAUCUUAACAACAAAGUAAUAGUCACACACAAUACUUCUUACCCACUCAAGAUAGCUUUCCAAAUAAAAAACAAUACAUGCAAUAAUGUAACAUGGCUGUUAUUAAAAAUAUAAAUUAUAUUGUAGUAAUAUUGUUAUCAGAUGGCUGCAAAUGAACUAGUUUUGAUUAUCAUGAGCUAAAACUCCCUUUGGUGUGGUUUUGGAGUUAAUUGGGAGGCUCUGGCUGAAAGUAGGGCUUUCAGAUCCAGUGAAAUUCACACACACUUUCAUUUACCAAUAGUGUUAUUGCUUUAAUCAUAUUAUUUUUGCAAAAAUUAAUAAACUCACAGUUUAAUCAGUCAUGCUUAGAAAAAAAAACUGGAAACAAGGUAACAGUGGUGCUUGAAAAUUUGUGAGCCCUUUAGAAUUGUCUAUAUUUCUGCAUAAAUAUGACCUAAAACAUCAGAUUUCCACAUAAGUCCUAAAAGUAGAUAAAGAGAACCCAGUUAAACAAAUAAGACAAAAAAUAUUAUACUUGGUCAUUUAUUCAUUGAGGAAAAUGAUCCAAUAUUACAUAUCUGUGAGUGGCAAAAGUAUGUGAACCUCUAGGAUUAGUAGUUAAUUUGAAGGUGAAAUUAGAGUCCGGUGUUUUCAAUCAAUGGGAUGACAAUCAGGUGUGAGUGGGCACCCUGUUUUAUUUAAAGAACAGGGAUCUAUCAAAGUCUGAUCUUCACAACACGUUUGUGGGAGUGUAUCAUGGCAUGAAUAAAGGAGAUUUCUGAGGACCUUGGAAAAAGCAUUGUUGAUGCUCAUCAGGCUGGAAAAGGUUACAAAACCAUCUCUAAAGAGUUUGGACUCCACCAAUCCACAAUCAGACAGAUUGUGUACAAAUCAGGCAAAUGGAGGAAAUUCAAGACCAUUGUUACCCUCCCUAGGAGUGGUCGACCAACAAAGAUCACUCCAAGAGCAAAGCGUGUAAUAGUCGGCGAGGUCACAAAGGACCCCAGGGUAACUUCUAAGCAACUGAAGGCCUCUCUCACAUUGGCUAAUGUUCACGAGUCCACCAUCAGGAGAACACUGAACAACAACGGUGUGCAUGGCAGGGUUACAAGGAGAAAGCCACUGCUCUCCAAAAAGAACAUUGCUUCUCAUCUGCAGUUUGCUAAAGAUCACGUAGACAAGCCAGAAGGCUAUUGGAAAAAUGUUUUGUGGACGGAUGAGUCCAAAAUAGAACUUUUUGGCUUAAAUGAGAAGUGUUAUGUUUGGAGAAAGGAAAACACUGCAUUCCAGCACAAGAACCUUAUCCCAUCUGUGAAACGUGGUGGUAGUAUCAUGGUUUGGGCCUGUUUUACUGCAUCUGGGCCCGGACGGGUUGCCAUCAUUGAUGGAACAAUGAAUUCUGAAUUAUACCAGCGAAUUCUAAAGGAAAAUGUCAGGACAUCUGUCCAUGAACUGAAUCUCAAGAGAAGGUGAGUCAUGCAGCAAGACAACGACCCUAAGCAUACAAGUUGUUCUACCAAAGAAUGGUUAAAGAAGAAUAAAGUUAAUGUUUUGGAAUGGCCAAGUCAAAGUCCUGACCUUAAUCCAAUCAAAAUGUUGUGGAAGGACCUGAAGCGAGCAGUUCAUGUGAGGAAACCCACCAACAUCCCAGAGCUGAAGCUGUUCUGUACGGAGGAAUGGGCUAAAAUUGCUCCAAGCUGGUGUGCAGGACUGAUCAACAGUUACCAGAAACGUUUAGUUGCAGUUAUUGCUGCACAAGGGGGUCACACCAGAUACUGAAAGCAAAGGUUCACAUACUUUUGUCAUUCACAGAUAUGUAAUAUUGGAUCAUUUUCCUCAAGUGUGAAACUAAAGCGUUUAUGAAUCGGACAUUGUUUUGUUUUUAUUAGUUGGAACAAUGUAAUAUGUUUAAGUUGUGCCAUAUGAUACAGAAUUACAAAAUUCGGUGAAUCAAAACAAUUUCCAGUAAUCAGUAUUUUAAACAGUCCUAAAUAAUUUAAGACUUAAGCUUGAAACUUCAAAAUGUAAC